UCUGUUUUCCAGUUUGCUUUCGGGAGUCGAGCAGGAUACAAUCUUUUUUUUUUUCUCCCUUUGAAAAUAAUCGGAGAACCGGCUUCACGAAAUAAACCCUCGCUCACUCUGAAACAAGUAUCACGAGUGAGAGAGAGAGACAAUAUAAACAAUAAUUGUUUUUUUAUUUUUACAAGAAAGAAGAGUAGUGCGUCGAUAUAAAUAAAGUGCACAGUUAAUGUUUUUUUUAAAUUAAUCAAUGCAGACUCUUCGAUUAAAAGUACACUUAUCAUUCACGAUUAACAACGGGCUCAAGUAUAUCUGACAAGGAGAACCAAUUCUGAGAAUUGGAUUUGCAAUUAUUAUUAUUUUUUUUAUUAAGACGUGUUUUGACGUGAUUUUUUUUAUUAUUGUCAAUUCGGCGUUCUAUGAGAGCAGCGUGUGUGUAUUCGCAUAAAUGUAACCGCGAUUUAUUAAGUGUCAGUUCUUCGAGUAUAUAGUGUAAAGUUUAUUGCAAGAAGCUGAUAAAUAAUCAAAACAAGAUCAAUUCAAGUUUGUUCUGGCUUAGCAGAGGAUAAACGAUACGAUACUCCGAAAAGAAGAAAGAAAACUACAGUGUUUUACAAAGAGAAAAAUUUUAUAAAACUUAUUGAAGUUUAAAGAGACCUUUGUUUUUAGUAAAUUCUGAAUGCAAUUAAGUCUUGAAUUUAAUAAGAGCAGUACGAAGGGAGUUUUUUUUACUACAGUGACUAUAUAAUAUUGGCUACUUGCUGUAGCAAAAGGGCCAUUUAAUAAGAAAAAGGAUAAGAUGUCGGCUGCUGUAAUGAACACACCUAUGUUUGAGUGCAGUGAGCUUCUUUUUAAGAAUGCUGCACCAUCAAAGAAAGAUCCCUCAACAAAUUCAAAUGGCAAUGGUCACGCGCCCCUGCGUCGCAGUUACACAUCCCUGGUGAAUCUGAUCGAGCAGCACAGGAAGCUUGACCGCAGCGUGAGUGAGCCGACCUCACGCUACAAGACCGAGCUCUGUCGACCGUUUGAAGAGAGUGGCGUCUGUAAGUACGGCGACAAGUGCCAAUUCGCCCACGGCUUCAAUGAACUCAGAAAUCUCGCUCGUCAUCCAAAGUACAAGACCGAACUCUGCCGCACCUUUCACACGAUAGGCUUUUGCCCCUACGGGCCACGCUGUCACUUCGUGCACAACUUUGAGGAAUUGUGCACGAUUCACAAUCAAAAGGUGAACGCUGCUCCUGCGCCAGCCACCGCCGCUCAAUCCAACAUAAUGGGUCUGAAUCCUCUUAUUGCCGGCAAUGGUCCCGCCACAAACGUCAGUGUCAGUCUCCUCGAGCAAAUCGCCACAUCGCCUCAGGUUGCUGCCGUUGCCGCUGCGGCCGCCGCUGCUGCUGCUGCCAGUACACCACUCAUGAGAGCAAACUCACUCAGUCUUGGAACACCCGCUGCUGCAACUUCAUACAAUCAGCCACUCCUCAGGACCAAUUCGUUGACCCUGGCAAAUAUCACCCAUCUACAUCAACACCAUCAGCAGCACUCGACGGGUUCUGUGAUUGGUGCACCAAGACCAAAGCCCUUGAACCUCAGUCCAACAUUCUCCCUCGGUAGUACUGCCGAUUCAAUUUCACCAUCAUCAAGUCUCAGUCAAUCGCCAACAAAUUCAAUGGCCAGCUUCUUUAGUGACGAUCAAACCGGUAUUAUUGCACCAACACCAUUUAGUUUUGGUCAAGAUUUUGGACUACUAGCAACAAGACAAAGUCCAAGUCCACAAGGCAUUUGCAGUCCCAUUUCUGAUGAUCUCACACCACGAACACCAUCACCACUCUCAUCAAAUGGCGAAUCACGACUUCCCGUAUUCAACAGGAUCAGCAGCACUCGUUCCACUUUUGAAAAUCUUAAAAUCUAAUUAUCAUCCCACAAAUUGGAAAAAUCAUCUUAAAGUUUGAUUUCUCUUCUUCUGUGGAAUUUUUUUCUUUUAAACAAGGACUAUACACAAAAAAAAUUUAUAUCCGAAUGAAAUUUUUGAGGGACCACACCAUUAUCAAGAGGGAAUAUGAGAAGAAACAAAAAAGAGGAAAAAUUUUAGUCCUAUAGAAAUCCUCCGAUCUCGUUUCUUCCUUCUCGAAUUGCCUCUUAGUGAGGAUUCCUCUAAUAAUUCGGGGCAGGUGAGACGUUGCAAUAUAAAUAUAUUUCAAAAAAAAAAAAAAAAAGAAAACGUUUUUUUCAAGUAGAGCGUUCCGCUGUCGGUUUUUUGAAAAUCAAAGAUGAAUGAAUAAUGCGAUUCAGUAAAAAAAAAAUAAUUAAAAGGGGAACUCCCGAUUGUCUUCCAAAUGCGAGAGAGUGUGAUACGUGUGAAUGAGUUGCGUGAAUGAUGAUCACGGGGCGAGAGAGAAUGCGCGAGAGUGACAGUGGAAUACGCGACUGGUAAAUAACGAAACGAAAAAAUAGUUUUUUUUUCAAAAAAAAAAAAAAAAAAAAAAAACUCUAAAGUUUAACGAUGGAGUUUUUUUCUUUCAUUUUGCGGGAGUGAACCAAGCCAUGUCGCGCAUUCUCAACACGUAAAACGCCAUAGAGUGCGAAGGGGAGGUCAUUAAAUAUUCAUGGUAACAUGUUCUUUCCCAUAUAUAAAAAAAAAAUGUGAUAUGUAACUAUUGCAAUAGAAAUAUUUACUUUAAUUGAAAAAUAAUUCUAUUUCUAGCGAGAUAGGAGAGCAUGGUAUAUAUUAACGUGAUUUUCAAAGAGAAUUUUUGCUUUUAAUUUUUCCAAGAUCUUAGAAUUCAAUUUGAAUUUCAAAAUUCAAAACAAUCUCAUGUGUAUUUUAAUUUCUAUUUAAAAAUAUAUUUCAAUAUCGUUGUUGAAAAAAAAAAAGUUCAAUAGUUGAAUUAUUGUUUUUUAAAAAUGAUAUUUCAAUUUUCUUUUAACAUUCAUUGUUUGAUAUAAUUAUUUCGAAAAUUUGUGAUUUCAAAUAUUAUUCAAAAAAUUUAAUGUUUAAAAUAUUUUUCAAAAAUUCGACUUUUGAAAUAUUUUUUAAAAAUACAAUUGAGAAUAAAUAUUUUUUUUUAGGUAUUUACCUUAAAAAACAAAAAAAAAAAAUUAUUUUAAUCGUUUUUAAAAAUAAAAUUCAAUAUUUUAAUUGAAAUUAAACAAAAUAAUAAUCAUUAUUCAAAAUUAGAAUUAAAAACAUCAAAUCUCUUUGAAAUAUCACGAAAAAUAAUUCAAAUAAAAAGAAAGUGCCUAAGUGACGUGGUUUUCGAAAAUCGAAUACAUUCUGUACAUAUACUCUUUUCUUACGAUACGAAGAAGAAAUGUUUUCGUUUAAAUUAUAUACAUGAUUCAAAAUGUUAUAGAUUUAGUUUAUAUUAAUAUUAUUUUCACGAUUAACAAUUAUUAUUAUUAUAUUAUUAUUAUUAUUAUAUUAUUAUUAUAUUAUUAUAUUAUUAUUAUAUUACAUUAUUAUUAAUUAUUAUAUUCGCAUACGCGUCGGGAUUUAAAAAGCGCAGUAUACUCUAUUUAUGAUAUCCCAUAAGAAUUAUGUUUUUGCAAAAGCGCUAAUUUUUCCGAUGAGAGUUGCAUUCUUCAAUUUUUGAUCAUAUUUAUCAGUCAGCUCUUUGGGGAAAGAAAAAAAAAUCAAGUCAGUCCAAUCAUCCGUUUUCUCAUUAGCAAUAUUGCUAUUGUAACCAUUACUACUACUCUAGGUGUACUGUUACGCUAUUACACUAUUACUUUCUAUUAUUAUCAUACGCCAUUGUCACACUUCCAUAACGGGUUAAAUGUUUCACAAAAACAUUUUCUCAGACGACUUUUUUAAAAAAAGAAAACACUUUUGCAAUUAUGAAAAAAAAUCUCCUAUACAUAUUCAAGUUACUUUAGUAGAUUAUUUUUAUUAUUAUUAUUUUAUUAUUAUUAUUAUUAUAUUAUUAUUAUAUUAUUAUAUUAUAUUAUUUAAUUAUUUAAAUUUUUUUCUAUGUUAUAAUUCGUCUGUCUUUCCCGUUUUGCUCUUUUGUUUCUUCCUAGGCUCGAUUUUGCCACUUUAUAUUUUACCAAAAUAAUUUACUUUUAACACGCUUUUUUUAUUAUAUAUUAUAGUAUUUAAGAGAGUUCAAGAGUUUUUUUUUCUUCUCCAUAUCUUAUUGUGUGAGACGUUUGUGAUAAAACGUGUUUUCUCAAAGAGAGUUCUUUUUUUAAUUCGAGUCGUUUUUUUUGGGGAGGGAGGGCAAAAUUUUUAUAGGGCCAAAGGAAGAAGGGAAUUGAACAGACGGAAACAAAGAAAUAUGGGAGAAUGAAAAAAAAAAAAAAAAAAUGUUUUUAUAUAUUUCUUUCGUGAGCGCGCGUGGUAAAAAAGUGUCUCGGAAAUAAUAAUUAUUUAAGCGGAAAAGAACUGAUUCGCAAUUCGUUAGUUUUCUAUAUCUAUUUUUCUUCUCUUUCUUUUUUUUCCCCUUUCUAUUUGUCGAGUAUAAUAAACACGCCAAGAUUAUAUAUUUAUGCCAUGUGUUGAGAUCAUGAAAUAAGAUUGAAAAAUUUAAAAAAAAAAAUGGCGCCCCAGUACACUACGAGCGCGCGGGCUUGGUUGCAUUAUCCUUGCGAAUAUAUAUAUAUAUAUAUAAUAUAUAUUUUUUUUUUUUCUUAAUUUUUUCAACUCGAUUUAAAUUAAUAUAUAUUUAUUGUAUACAAAAUAAUUGAUAUAAUAUUUGAAUUUAGUUUAUCGCCAGAUGCAAAACAAAAAUUCUGAAAAGGAUUGCGUAUGCAGAAUUUUAUCCGUUGAUUCUGACUCGGAUUUUUUUGUUGUUUUUUUUUUUUUUUUUUUUUUUAUUAGAAAGAAUUGCAUGCAUCUGAUUAAUUUUAAUGCGCGCGUCUUUUUCUUUAUUUAUUUUUUAUUAUUAAUAUUAUUUAUUUAUUACUUUUCUUUUUUCUCUCACUUGAAACGAAAUAAUUUAAAAGAAAACAAAAAAAAAAGUACAAAAAAGAAACGUAAGGGUGACGCUCAAGCAGCGCGCUUUCCUGUUAUAGACUUGACCACUUCUAUAUAUAAAUAAAUAUAUAUAUAUAUAAUAUUAUUAAUGAAUAAUAUACUAUACGUGUACGUCUCUUUUUUAAUUUAAUAUAUUUAUUUUUUCAAACGUAUUUAUAUAUUUAUACAAUAUUUUAUACUGCGUUCUUCACAGAUAUACACGAGCAAACUGAAAAAAAAUGAUAAAAAAAAAAAAAAAAAAAAAAAACAGGCGCAUGUUAUGUGCAAGUCGAUCUCUUGGCUCUCAGAGGAACCGGAUGUUCUUCAGCUAUUCUCGGAAGCCCUUUUUUGUGGAGACAGAAUAAUCAUCCCUGCAAUUCUUUUUUUCUCUAUCUGUUUUUUUUUUAAUUUAAUUUAUAUUUUACAAAUCUGUUUUGGAAAGUUUAGUUUUAGUUUGGCGUAAAAAUAUUUGUUAUAUUUCCGUUAAAAUAAUAAUUAAAAAAAAAAAAGUGAAUGAAACUGUGAUCCAUAGCAGGGAUGAUACUUCUUUCACGAAAAUAUCUCCCCCUUUGCUCUAGUUUUUGUGGCCUCUAGUUUUUUGUAUAUUUAAAACAAAACAAAAAAAAACAAACAAAUAAAGCGGAGAAUUUAAACGUAAAGAUGAUGAUAUACUUAAUUUCCCUUUGUGAUAUAUAGAAAACGCGUACAUGCGUCGAUCGUCCACGAUUUUGAGCGAGUAUAUGUGAGAAAAAGGAGAUGACAAAAAAAAUCAAGAAAGAAGUGUAUUGUGAAUGAAAAAAUAAAAAUUGUAAAAAAAAUCUCGUGCUUCCUUCGACGAAUGAAAAAAAAAAAGUAUAGUUAAUGUUAUAAAACACAUAUGGGAGCCAACUGAUAGGCUGGACGGAAGUCGUUCGAAUCCAAAGUUAAAGUUUUAGUUGUGUAUGCGAAGAUCAUAUUUAUUUCUUUAUUCUGUGAUAGAACACGGUUUUCAACUCUUUCCCAUAUGUUCCCGGAUGUGAGAUUAUAAUAUAUAUAUUUUUUUUUUCUUUUGGAAGAGUCAAAAUUCUUUUUGUUAUAAACGAAGAAAAAUUGUUUUUAAUAAAAAGAAAAAAACAAACAAAAAAAAAUUAUUUUUAGCAAAAAGAGAAAUACAUUUUUUUGUUUCUUUAAAAUAAAUUAUUAUUCCCUUUUUUUCGAAAAAUAAAUAAUUGACACAAGUGUUUUUGUUUUUUAGUGAAUAGUUAUAAAAGAUCAGAGGUUCGAACGGCUUCAUCCAUAAAAUCGCAACGGGACCACAAACGUGAUAAAAAAAAAAGAACAUAAGAUUUUUUUUCGUUGUCAAAGGAGAAAAAGUCAAGUCAGGCAAUAGGAAAAAAAUAAUGUUGAGAGUGUGAAAAGAAAAUGAUUAUUAAUUAUUCAAAAUUAUUGUGAUUUUUUUUUUUUUUUUGAUUUGUGUGUAUUAUUAUUGAAAAAUGAAGAGAGGCCUUUAACGAUGUGCCUUAGCUGAAUUUUGUUGAUUUGUGAGAAAAGAGAGAAAGAAGAAAAAAAAAAAAACUUUGUCAUUCUCAGCAAAAUAUCUUUUUUACUUGUGGAAUAAAAUUUUAUCGUAUUCUCACGCGGCUGGUGUCAGUUUAAUGAGAAUUACUGCUGAGGAUCAAACGAUUCCUGACCCAAGUGUCUUUCUCUCUUUCUUUCUUUCUCUCUCUCUCUCUCUCUCGACAGGGUUUUUUUUUCAUUGCAUUUUCUGAAAAACAAACACAUAAGUCUCAUGUAUGUAUGUAGUUUGAUAAGUAUUGCCAACAAUACAUUACCUAUUUAAUACAUUUUAUUAUUACAAAAUA